UCGACCGUUUAAAUGGUCUUUGUUUUGGUUGGAUCAUUCCAGCCCCGUCUGCCUUUUCUCUCUCUCUCCUUUUUUAAUCAAAGAACAAAAUGUAUGCAAGCUCCUGUUUCCUCAUGUGUAGACAGACAUGCUCCAUCUAGUAGCAUAGUAAAUAUUCAUGUUAUUCAAGUAAGUCAACUGAAAAGAUGGAGGAAAACCACUACACGUCGUCACUGACGGUUCCUACGGAUUAUUUUCAGCAGUGGUACCAGUCCAGCCAGCAGCAUCCUGAGGCACAGCAUGUUAUGCCAUAUCACAACAUGGGCUAUCACACAGAGGGUCCUAGAGAUGAGCCUGUCAUGGCUGAGCUGUCCGUCCACCGGGAGCCGUCUUUUUACCAGGAACCUUUUUACCAGAACUGCCAACCAGCCCAGAAUCACUAUCACGAGCAAAUGUACCCCCAGAAUGUCACAGAGCAACAGCAGAAUCUUACAACUCUGCACCACCCUCAACAUGCGAUACAGCAGCAGGAGCUGAGCAUCCAGCACCAGCCUCAGCCUGCUGGUCCACCUCAAGUUGUGACACCAGUGAAGAAAAAGAGAGGCCGGCCUCCGAAACAGCAAGCCGAGGAGGGCGAGAUGCCAGACGAGGAGGAGGAUGAGGCUGAGGCCGCCAAGAAGGCGAAGAGGGCUCUCAAUCGCUUCAACGGCAUGACGGUGGCUGAGGUUAUGGCCAGAACCUUGCCAGAUGUUAUUACCUUCAAUCUUGAUAUUUUGAUAAUUGGAAUUAAUCCAGGACUAAUGUCAGCCUACAAAGGACACCAUUACCCAAACCCAGGAAACCAUUUCUGGAAAUGUCUGUUUCUUGCUGGUCUAACUGACGAGCAGCUCAGCUACAUGCACGACCAAAGCCUGCCAGAGAAUUACAGCAUCGGCUUCACCAACAUGGUAGAAAGGACCACACCUGGCAGCAAGGACCUUUCCAGUAAGGAGAUUCGUGAAGGAGGUCGGCAGUUACUGGAAAAGCUGAAGAAAUACAAGCCUCUGAUAGCAGCUUUUAAUGGCAAAGGUAUUUAUGAAAUAUUCUGCAAAGAAACCUUUGGUGUGAAGGCAAAGAAUCUUGAGUUUGGUCUGCAGCCCUACAAAAUCCCAGAAACUGAAACGGUGUGCUACUUGAUGCCCUCAUCAAGCCCUCGCUGUGCUCAGUUUCCCCGCGCACAGGAUAAGGUCCAUUUCUACAUCAAGCUGAAGGAACUGAGAGACCAAAUUAAAGGCUUGGUACCAAGAGACGAGGUGGAAGAGACACGUUACUCCUUCGAUCUGCAACUAGCUAAAGAGGAUGCUAAGAGGAUUGCAAUCAAAGAAGAGCAGGUGGAUCCAGAAUAUGAACGCGGUGGUGGUGUAAGGCAAAGCAACAACGUACCCAACUGAAAGAGAUAGAGGAGAGGGAGAAAAACAAGCCUUUUUACUGUAGCACAGUGGUAGUGAGGUUACUGGACAUUCCAAACAACUGAAUUUAGUUGGAGGUAUUCUGAAAACUUUAAUGUAACUUUUAAGAAAUUAACCACCAAGAUGGAUUACCAUUGGUUGAAGAAGUAAUCAGAUUUUUACUUAAAUUAAACAAUAAAUUAAACACUUCACACUAAAGUCUUGCAUUCAGAACCACACGGAAGUAAAAUUGUGUACAUGUCAUAUUGGAUCAUAAUGGAUUUUCAUAUAGCUAAAUCUAAUUAUAAUCAGGUAAUCACACAUCCGCAUCAUUAUCCUAUAAGAUACAAGGAAUUUUUAUAUCGAGAUAAAACAAUGCCUUCUAUCUUAAAGGGUAUUGAUGUAUUUUUAAAAGCAUUAUCUGCGAAGUUACAGUUUUUAGAUAAACAUGUCAGAAAAUGUAGCCUGAAAUGAAAACAGUCAUGUACAAUUACCUACAAAUUGUACUAUUUUACUGCACUUCAUCGCUGCUGUAUUUACUUUCCACCACUGUAACAGAUUACCAAAGCAAGGUACAAGUCUGUUUUGUUCUUUCUACUGUAGAGACAGAUAAAUAAUAACCAUCAAGAAUGGGGGAAAAAAAAAUCAUGAAAAAUGUUAAAUGUUACACUUUGCAGCAAAAAACAAAAUUAAAAAAAACUGCUGCAGUCCUUUUUAAUGUUUUUGCACGUGUUUAUGGACUGGCUUCUGCUGGCUGCUUAUUUAAUUUUUAAUGUAUCUCUCAUCGACACUGCAGUUGGAGGUGUUUGUUGAAUAGAUACCAUUUAUAAUGGCUACAAGAUGCAUCCACAAAAAUAAGAAACCCUCGGAUAAAGAGGAAGAGGAGUUGCACUGUUCCAGAGACGCUGUAAAAAAACCUCACACAUUCACAGAUAACACAGAUGAAGGGCAGAUAUUUACACGUUCUAACUCCAAAGCAGACUGUGCAUGUUUGUGUUUCUUUUAAUCACUAUUUAUUGCAUUUUUAUGGUAUUUGAGUCCAGUGACCUAUUUUUGUAUUUUGAAAGAAUGACACAUUUUCUGAUUUAGCAGCUGUAUAAAUAUGUAUUUGUACUCUAGAAUUUAUAAUCUGUUAUUACAGCUAUUAAAUCUUUUCUAAAGCUGA